AUUUAAUUAUUUUUAUUUUAGGUUAACGGUACGGAUGUAAGUAGCUUUCCUCACGAAGAUGCUGUCAGAGCAUUUAUGACAGCACAAGAACCGAUCGUAGUUGAGGUUAAGAGGAGGACAGCAGGCUCGCCAGUACAAUCCCGAGGAGGUUCCAAAUAUGUAUCGACCAGCUGUCAAACCGAUAUUUGUGGGAUCCAGUGGAUUGACGAAAAUACUAUAGACUGUUUCACCCAUGAUAUCGAUUUGGAGGAAGUUACUUUAAGAAAAUGUAGCAGCGAUGAAAAACUAGGCCUCACGGUAUGCUACAGUUCCGGUUCUGAAGUGGAUACUUGUACAGAAGUAUAUAUUCGAGAUAUAGCACCUCAAAGCGUUGCGGAUAGAGACGGAAGGCUUAGGCAAGGAGAUCAAAUUUUACAGGUAAACGGAAAAGAUGUUGCAAAUAAAGAGGAGACCGAGUCGCUUUUUGCAGAAAAUAGAAAAGCAGUAACGUUGUUGGUCAGCAGGUGCUACAACAGGAGCGAAGAAUAUCUAGAUGUCGAGCCAAUAGAUUCACUAACAUCGCACAAUGCCAAAAGCGCAGCUUACCAAAAUAGCUUAAUCGAACAACUCGUUCAGCAACAAUCAGAAGCACAACUUUCCCCGAAAAAUGAACAGCCGCCACCCAAAGUUCCGUCACAUUUUAUUCCUGAGAAACUCAAUCUUACCAAUUCCUUGGUACGCUCCAAAAUCGACUCAAUCAAUCAGGAAAUUUCGCAACUUGACUUUAGGAUGCAAAAUGUUUCUUUCAAGAGCGACAAGCGUAAAGCUCCGCAACUUCCACAUAUUCCUCCACCCGAAUCUGAUCCCGAACAUAUUUAUGAAACAAUUCCUGAGGAUUCAGUUAUCGAUGGCGAGAUUGAACCAAUUUAUUCUUGCCCUUAUGAACCUGGUGACGAUAAUAUGAUAGAGCAGUGGCUCAAAGUUCAUCAGGAAGACGUGUGGGUUGGAACAUCCAUAAAGGAUGUGAAUAAUGAAAUAGAAGCGAAGGAAGAGAAACGACAGAAAAGUAAAUCAAAACCACCAAAGAGCAAUAGUAGUGGUGAAGAACAUGAAAAUAGUUCCAGCGCCUAUAAUACUGGAGGAUCUUCUAAUAGCAAUCCAUUGACUUUUGAACUUGCCGCUACGCAGGAUUCUAAACAAAAGAAUCUAUACAGAUCCACUCUUAUUCUUUGCCCUCUGGAAGAAAAAGAUUACAACAUCAAAGAAAAAGAAGCCAAGACGACAUGCGAAUCAUGUAAAAGGCAAGCAGCCAAGGCGAAAAAAUCUAAAUCCAGUCCAAAAAUUGUCACUGCGUCUUCACCAACUAAACGCGUCGGGCUCAGUCCAGCUCAUGUUUUGUCAGACACUAUGUAUACGAAUGGUGCCAACUUGCAACACACUAUGCUUUUACAGCAACAACUCUUCAGACAAGCCUUAGUAGCUCAGAAUGCUGAGGUAGGCGGCAUUAGACCUACUACAAGUUUCACGUCUCCCACCCUCAGCCAGUAUCAAUUUGUUAGUGGAUCCCAGGGCUAUACAGCAAACCAUCAGGACAAAAGCGUGGAAACCACAAUGGAGUGGAAAGUCAAAAGGAGACCAGAUGGUACUCGAUACAUUGCAAGGAGGCCAGUGAGAAAUAAAAUACUAAAGAAUAGGGAGAUCAAAAUAUCAGAAGAACGUGCUGGACUCACGACUGAGGAUGAUACUAUUUCUGAACUUAAGAUUGGACGUUAUUGGACCAAAGAGGAACGCAAAAAGCAUCUAGAAAAAUCUCGAGAACGAAAACAAAGGCAAGAAAUACUCACGGCAUCGAGGAAUAUUGAUGAUAUCGCCGAAGAACAUAUUAAAUCUGCAUCAAGAAAAGUAGCCAACAACAUAGAUAAUACGGCCAAAAAGCACCGAACCACCAAAUCCAGAACCCAUAAAGAUAAGGACGGGCAUGAUGUAGUUCAAGAAGUUAUUGUCCACGGACAAAAAGCGGGCCAAGCUAAUGGAAAAUUAGUUGGAUUGUUGUCAGUGACAACUGUAUAA